GGAAAGGCAGAGAAGCAGGAACGGUCAGCGCUCGGAAGGUGAAACGCGCUCAGGGAUUUUACGCGUAGAGCCGCUAUAAGGUGAUUUUUUUUUUACGGGACGCGCUUUAUUAUUGGACUACAACAGAAUGCUAUCUGAGGAGAAAUGGACAUUUAAACAACUGUUCUCCGUGUAGGGAUUUCACUGUGCAACAUCUAUAAACGGACACACAUGCUCACCACUGAUGAAAAAUAAGCUGGCAGGAGUGUCGGUGGAUGAGUUUUAAAGCUCUUUCAGCGCCACUUUAGAUAUAUAUAUUUUUUGCACAUUGGAUUACAUAAACACAGCUGCAAUUGCGGUUUAUGGAAACAGCUGAGAAGAAGACAACUGAAGUUGGAGAAGAGGGUCUCUGAAGCUGGACUGAGGGUCUGAAGGAUUUUACAUCUCCUCGCGGAACUCCACUUUCAUGUCCGAAGUCUCUGGUUUAUGACAAUGGAUUAUUUGCUGUUUUUAUGCGGCUUUUUGCUGCCUCUGUCCUCGGCUGUUGAAGAAACACUGAUGGACACCAAAUGGGCCACCACUGAACUCGCAUGGACCUCACAUCCUGAAACUGGGUGGGAGGAAGUUAGCGGUUACGACGAUGCCAUGAACCCUAUCCGGACAUACCAAGUGUGCAACGUUCGUGAGCUUAACCAGAACAACUGGCUUCGCAGCGACUUCAUCCCUCGAAAGGACGUUCUCCGUGUUUAUGUGGAGAUGAAGUUCACCGUACGAGAUUGCAACAGUAUUCCCAACAUUCCAGGAUCAUGUAAAGAGACCUUCAAUCUAUUCUACUACGAGUCCGACUCAGAUUCCGCCACAUCUACCAGUCCUUUUUGGAUGGAGAACCCUUAUGUUAAGGUGGACACCAUUGCUCCGGACGAGAGCUUCUCUAUGUUGGAGUCUGGCCGGGUCAACACCAAGAUUCGCAGCUUUGGUCCAGUUUCCAAGGCUGGCUUCUAUCUGGCUUUCCAGGACCUGGGCGCCUGCAUGUCUUUAAUCUCCGUCCGAGUUUUCUACAAGAAGUGUUCCACGACCAUUGCCAAUUUUGCUGUCUUCCCAGAGACGGCCACAGGAGCUGAGGCUACGUCACUAGUCAUUGCCCCCGGCACUUGUGUGCUGAAUGCUCUGGAGGUGUCUGUCCCUCUUAAACUCUACUGCAAUGGAGAUGGCGAGUGGAUGGUUCCUGUAGGUUCCUGCACUUGCAUGGCUGGGUUCGAGCCUGCAGUUAAGGACACACAGUGUCAAGCUUGCAGUCCGGGAACUUUUAAGUCGAAGCAGGGUGAAGGGUUCUGCUCCCCGUGUCCGCCCAACAGCCGGACAAGUUCUGGAGCCGCCAGCAUCUGUUCCUGCAGGACCGGCUACUAUCGGGCGGACAAUGACUCGCCUGACUCAGGAUGCACCACCGUGCCUUCAGCUCCACGCAGCGUCAUCUCCAGUGUAAAUGAGACAUCUCUUGUACUUGAGUGGAGCGAGCCACGUGACCAAGGUGGAAGGGAGGACCUUCUCUACAAUGUCAUCUGUAAGAAAUGUCUGCCUGAACGUGGUACCUGCACACGAUGUGAUGACAACGUGGAUAUCUCUCCCCGCCACCUUGGGCUUACUGAGAGACAUGUGACGGUCAGAAACCUUCAGGCUCACACCCAGUACAGCUUUGAGAUUCAGGCCGUCAAUGGAGUCUCCAACAAGAAUCCGUAUGCACCCCAGUUUGCCUCCGUUAACAUCACCACCAACCAGGCUGCUCCCUCUGCAGUUCCUACCGUCCACCUGAUGGGGGCCUCAGCCAACACCAUGAGUCUUUCCUGGCUCCCCCCUGAAAAACCAAAUGGCAUAAUCUUGGAUUACGAGAUUAAAUACCAUGAGAAGGACCAGGGAGAAGCUAUUGCCCACACCAUGACAGCCCAGCGUAGCUCGGCACGCAUUGAAGGUUUGAAGCCGGGCACACCGUAUGUUGUGCAGGUUCGAGCCCGAACGGUGGCAGGGUAUGGCCGCUACAGCAGCCCUACUGACUUUAGCACCAACCACCAGGCCGAUGCAGACAAGACUCUACAGGAGCAGUUACCUCUCAUUGUGGGUUCUCUGACAGCAGGGCUGGUCUUCAUCAUUGUUGUUGUGGUUAUUGCCAUUGUCUGCCUCAGGAAGCAACGCAAUGGCUCAGAAUCAGAGUACACAGAAAAACUGCAACAAUACAUCACUCCGGGGAUGAAGGUCUACAUUGACCCAUUCACCUACGAGGACCCGAAUGAGGCCAUCCGCGAGUUUGCCAAAGAGAUUGAUGUUUCCUGUGUGAAAAUCGAGGAAGUCAUUGGCGCAGGUAACCAACAACACAAGCUCCUGAGCAACAGGGGGAAGACAGCUAGGCACACCCAGGCCAUACCUUUAGAGGACUUCACACCAAGCGGAGAGUUUGGAGAGGUGUGCCGUGGCCGUUUGAAACUCCCUGGACGGCGUGAGAUCAUUGUGGCCAUUAAGACUCUGAAGGCAGGCUACACGGAGCGCCAAAGAAGAGACUUCCUGAGUGAGGCCAGCAUCAUGGGCCAGUUCGAUCAUCCUAAUAUUAUCCGCCUGGAAGGGGUGGUGACGAAGAGUCGGCCAGUCAUGAUUGUCACUGAAUUCAUGGAGAAUGGAGCGCUGGAUUCCUUUCUCCGGCUAAAUGAUGGACAGUUCACAGUCAUCCAGCUCGUUGGUAUGUUGAGAGGCAUUGCAGCUGGCAUGAAAUAUCUAUCCGACAUGAACUACGUGCACCGUGAUUUGGCUGCCCGUAACAUUCUGGUCAACAGCAACCUGGUGUGUAAGGUGUCCGAUUUUGGCCUUUCUCGUUUCUUGGAGGAUGAUCCCACCGACCCCACCUACACCAGCUCAUUGGGAGGAAAGAUCCCUAUUCGUUGGACAGCACCAGAGGCUAUUGCUUAUAGGAAGUUCACCUCAGCUAGUGACGUCUGGAGCUACGGCAUUGUGAUGUGGGAGGUGAUGUCGUAUGGCGAGCGCCCAUACUGGGACAUGAGCAACCAAGAUGUGAUCAAUGCAGUCGAGCAGGACUACCGACUGCCCCCACCUAUGGACUGCCCCACUGCCUUGCAUCAACUCAUGCUAGACUGCUGGGUGAAAGAAAGAAACUUGAGACCCAAGUUCUCCCAGAUCGUCAAUACCUUGGACAAACUUAUUCGCAAUGCCGCCAGCCUUAAGGUGGUCACCAGCACACAUUCUGGGGCCUCCCAGCCGCUCCUCGACCGCUGUGUGCCUGACUACACCACCUUCACCACUGUGGGCGACUGGCUGGACGCCAUCAAGAUGAGCCGCUACCGAGACAACUUCCUUAAUGCUGGCUUUGCUUCUUUUGACUUGGUGGCCCAGAUGACUGCAGAGUGA